AAUACCUUAAAUAUGAGUUUGAAAAUUUCCUGUUGUACACUACAAAUGAAAUAAUAAUAAGAGCAAGAAUUAUUAAACGUUGGUAUUGUCUGUGAUUGUGGGAUCUUUGUAUUUCCAGUUAUCUAUGCACCGGAUUUCUUCCUUUCGCUAUGUUGCAUUAAAUUAUCCGGGAAGUCCGUGAGGUUAUGUCGUUAACUUUCGUACUAAUUGUCGUAAUAAAUGUCAGCCGUGUGGUAAAUGUUGCAGGGUUGCAAGGAUUUCUGUUUCCUUAGAAGCUAUAAUCCCAAAAUCUAAAAUGCUUUUAUCAUUGAAAGAAGAUCAUAAACAACAUAUAUCAGUAUUAAUUCCUCAGCCCACGAACGUUUUACAGGAUUUCUGCAAAAUGGCAUUAGAUUUUCUAAGGAAAGGACCAACCCCCAAACUGUACCAAACAGCAGCACAAAAACUGGAUGUUCAGCCAGAGGUGAUUCAAAAUGCAGUAGGUGGUUUGGUGAAUUUGCUUGUGGAGAGCUGUAAACACCAGCUCAGUGAUCUUGAUUUCCGUGACUCAGUCCUGACUUUAGGAUUCAGUGAAGAGCAACAGGAAACAUUAGAGGUGUUCUAUAAGGGGAAGAAGCAAGAAAUCUCUGAUGCCCUGUCUCAGCUCACAUUGGAUCUUCCUCAUUAUCAUGACCUGGAAUGGAGGUUUGAGGUUCAGCUUGCAUCACGAGCUCUGCAGCACCAGGUGACACCACUUAUCACCAUGAAUCUGACACUUGAGACCAAGACACCUCUUGCCAGUGGUAGUUCCACCAGAAAGAAUAUUGUUCUGCAGACAGAUCCUACAAACCUGGUACACAUCACACAGGUGUUGGAAGCAGCUUUACUUGAAAAUCGGGGUCAACAUUCUCGUCGGAUACAGCGCAGCUUCAAAUAGGCAUUGGUCCAUUAUCAGUGAUCAUUGUUACAGAGCUGGCCACUGUAAAUGCUGUUUAAGUUUAAGCUAAGUUUAUUUGUUCUUGGUUCUAUUUUGUUACAAGCUGGUAACAGUUGUGUAAUUGGGAUUGAAAUUUUGUUGACACAGUUAUUUUUGCUGUCUCACUAAAUAAAGCCUAGUACUCCAGGCUGUGAAGGAAUUUCCAGGUUGUUUCAUAUACAGGUAAACCUCAAUUUAUGC